AUGGCUAUGUUCUCUCACCGUCUCCGACGAGUUUUACUCACGGCGACAUCUUCUCUUAACCGAUCAAUCUCUCUCUCAUCUCCGGCUUCAUUAGCACCACCGUUCGAUUUCCCUUCUGUAUCGACGGUGCUUAAGAGAUCUGUUUUAGGUCGUUCGACGGAGGUUUCUCGAACUCCGGUGAGGUUGUUUUCGACGGGAAAGUACAGACUUUACAAAGAAGGCGAUGAGAUCACUGAAGAUACUGUGUUAUUCGAAGGAUGUGAUUACAAUCAUUGGCUUAUCACAAUGGAUUUCCCAAAGGAUAAUCCUUUGUCUCCUGAGGAAAUGGUUUCUACUUAUGAACAUACUUGUGCUAAAGGACUUGGUAUCAGCUUGGAAGAGGCCAAGCAGAAAAUCUAUGCUUGUAGCACAACUACUUACCAAGGUUUUCAAGCAAUUAUGACUGAACAAGAAUCAGAAAAGUUCAAGGAUCUACCCGGAGUGGUCUUCAUAUUGCCAGAUUCCUACAUUGAUCCUGUGAACAAGGAGUAUGGAGGAGAUAAAUAUGAGAAUGGUGUGAUCACACAUAGGCCACCACCAAUUCAGAUGAACAGGUCAAGACCCCGUGAUAGGGGCAAUCCUAGAUUUGACCGUCAAGGAGGAGGAGGAGGCGGUCCUCAAAACUUCCAAAGAAACACAGGGUAUGGUCAGCUACCGCCAAUGCAAGGUGGUGGAGGAAGCUAUGGUCCUCCACAGAGCUAUGGACCUCCAGGACAAGGUCAGGGAACUCAAGGGCCUCCACCAUUUCAAGGAGGUUACAACCAAGGACCUGGAUCUCCUCCACCACCUCCAUAUCAGGCGGGUUACAAUCAAGGCGGCCCAGGAUCUCCGGUUCCUCCAUACCAAGGAACACCAGGCGGUUACGGUCAAAGUGGAGCUGGGAACUAUAGCCAAGGGCCACCACAAGGAGGUUACAACCAAGGAGGGCCUAGGAAUUACAGUCCACAGGGUAAUGGAAACUAUGGUCCUGCACCCGGAGCUGGAAAUCCCGGAUAUGGUCAGGGAUUCACUGGAGCUGGACAACCGCAGAACCAAACAAUUCCACAGGCCGAUCAGAGGAUUCCAGACUGGAACAACAAUAAUCCAGCAGGCCAGCCCGGGUCUGACCAAGUAAGGACUUAA